GAUUGUUGCGGAAUGGCCGAGCAGGAGGAGGCAGCGAACAGAGGCGUCGUCCACAGGAUGUUGGCGGUCGUCGGAGCUCAGAAUCUGGUCAGCAGUGUGUGGGGUUACGUCGACACAACGUUAAGGUGGUGCUGGAUCCCCAACUGGCUGCCGUCGUGGUGUCCCACAUCCCAGAACCAGCUGAAGACGGCGGAGGACAGGAUGCUGCGAGGUGUGAGCAGCCCCUUCUCCAAACAGUACAUCCCCAUCUCCAACAUUAACACACUGUGGACCCUGACGUUCAACAGCGACACUGUCAAAUCCAAAACCCCCAUGGUUCUGCUGCACGGCUUUGGAGGGGGGGUGGGGCUCUGGGCUCAGAACCUGGACGCUCUCUCUCAGCACAGACCCCUCUUUGCUCUGGACCUGCUGGGCUUCGGCCUCAGCAGCCGACCCCAGUUCUCCUCAGACAUCCAGAAGGCAGAGGACCAGUUCGUGGACUCCAUAGAGCAGUGGAGGACUAAAACGGGCCUGGAGACCAUGAUACUGCUGGGACACAACCUGGGAGGAUACCUGGCAGUGGCCUACGCUAUUAAAUACCCAGGCAGGGUAAAACACAUGGUCCUGGUGGAGCCGUGGGGUUUCCCUGAGUGUCCGGACACGGCCGAGGCCGACCGGCCCAUCCCGGUCUGGAUUAAAGCCUUGUGUGCCAUGUUCAGCCCCUUCAACCCGCUGGCAGGACUGAGGCUGGUGGGGCCGCUGGGUCCUGCGCUUGUCCAGACCAUGAGACCCGACUUCAGGAGGAAGUUUUCCUCCAUGUUCAGUGACAACACGGUGUCGGAGUACAUCUACCACCUGAACGUGCAGACCCCCAGCGGGGAAGCAGCUUUUAAGAAUAUGACUCUUCCCAACGGCUGGGCUAAGAGGCCGAUGCUGCAGAGGAUGGACCAGCUUCACCCCGACAUCCCCAUCACCAUCAUCUACGGAUCCCGCUCCAGCAUCGACAGCAAUUCAGGCAGCGUCAUCAAACACAUGAGGCCGAACUCACACGUGGAAAUCAUUACGAUCCGCGGAGCCGGACACUACGUCUACGCCGACCAGCCCGAAGACUUCAACCGCAGCGUUCUGCACGUGUGUGAAACGGUGGACUGAAACCGAGAUACGUUUGGAAACUGAACUCUGGAGAAAAAGGGUACGGCAUGGCUUCAGCAGCCGACGUGGAGCUGCAGAAUCCCACUUUGUGUAUGCGAGUUACAAGGAGGGUUUGUUGACGUUUCGGAGAAGUGAUCGGAUUUGGACUCAUGGAGAUCAUCAGCUGACCAGUGAUGCAGCGGUUAUUCUUAGAAGCUCAGUUUCUUCUUAACACAACGUCCUCUAUUUACUGCUAAUUACCAGCUAAUUACAUUCCUGCAGUGAUCCAGUGCCACCAAAUGGGUCUGAAUAGUUCACAUUACACAGUGUGCCUUAAAGUUGAAAUAUUGAGGGGUUAAUAUAUGAAUUGCAGGGUUCCCACGGUCAAGAAAAACCCGGAUAAGUCGUGGAAUUCUAAAACCUCAGGCUGGAUGUUCUGGAACAGUCAGGGAUGCAAACAACGCACCUUUUGGCCGUUUGGGAUUCAAAUAAGUUGUAGGUUUUUCUCCAUCUUGAUGCAAAAAUCAUCCGUGAAUCCACAUUGCAUUGCAUCAUUGUCACUGUUUUCAACCCUAAUGAGCCACAAGUUUGGAUUUUUUCCGUAAUGAAAUCCAUAAAAUGAGAAAACCAGUCAAACUGAGACCAAAAUAGAGCAGACUUCAGGGAUUCCUUUCAGUUUGUGGAGGCUUAUUUGCUAUAAUUUGACUAGAAAUAAAUGCAUUUUCCAUCAUUUUCGAUUUGCACAUGAUUACAAUUCUUAGAAAACAGGUCAUUAGUGUAAUGGUUUUUCUGUACUGAAUGUGAAAACAUCUGACAAUUAGAGAACAAAACCGGAUGCUAUUUUGUUUUCGUGCAAUAAUGAAGUGCCUUCUUGUUCAUGUGCAUAAAAGCUGUGAGCGGUCGUAGAAGUUCUAUUAUCAUUUUAUGAAAAUCGCGGAAACAUUCUGGAAUUUUGUCGGAAAUAAUUUGUGGGAACCCUGUAAUUGCUUCCACAAAUGAAAAGAGGAGA